ACGUCAGUCGAUAGCUAGUGUUUUACAUUACUUGUUAUUGGAAAAAAUCGUAUUAAAAACUUAAUUAAAAAUGAAAUUCGCUGUAUGCACUUUGCUUUUGGCCGCUCUUUUGGCUGUUGUUUUGGCCGAUUCUGAUGCCGGUCAUUUCAUACCCAAGGCUUUCUAUACACUCGACUCUAAUGGCCACAAAUCCAAUUUACAUGCCGUAAAUCCUCAUACUGCUCAUUACUUGAGGCGUUUACGUAGACAAGUGCACUCAGUGUCUUCAUCCUCAUCCUCUUCAUCGGUUACUGGUGCUGAUGGUGUUACACACUUCACUACACAAUCUUUGAACGCACACACACCCGAUGUAGAUUUCGCUAGCCGUUUCGGUGGCAGCACUGGCACUGUUGGCCAUGUUGUGCAAACUACUGGUGUCAUCGAUAGCAAAGGUCAAGUCUACUACAACACCAAACAAGACCAUUUUUAAAUUAAAACAUAAAUCCCACUGAUUGAUAAUUGCUUUUGUGUUUUGAAUUAUUAUUUUUUUUUUUACUUUUUUUUUAAACUUUGUAAACAAUAUUUAUUUUGAAUUUGUAAACUAUUCCUAUUGUUUUGUAACGUAAAUAUGUAAUUCGAAAAUAAAUUGUGAUUUUAUUUUUUAA